GCUUCGUGCUUCUGUCGAAAGUUCGCAGCCCUCGAGGACAAGAUGAUGCGAAUUCAGGGGCGCAAAGCGCUGCUCUUGAUGCAGCAACAGCCUACUACUUAUGCUCUUCUGCCGACCUGCUCUGCAAUUCCAUCCCCUCUCAGAAGUGUCGGAUUCGGACCCGGACUCGGACUCGGUGGAAGAGCUCAGCUGAAGGCGAAGAAGGUGUCGUUGGCAUCGCCGUGCUUGGCGAGAGUCAGAGCAGGAAUCAGGGAUUUCGGCUCCGCGGCCAAGUUUGAGCAGGUUUACAAGACCUCGUUGAACCGUGAGAUCGUUCGGGAGAUGGGGGUCGAAAGAAGUCCUUCCGAAAUGGAGAACGGGCACGUCCAGUUGUACCACCUGUACAUCGCCAAUGCCCCCCGGGAUAGCGACCGAGAGAAGUACCUCGAGGUGGAAAACAAGUUCACCGGCAAAGUUGAAGCCAAAGUGCCCCUGGCCACUCCCGAGGAUAUAGAGGAAGCAAUUCAGGCUUGUGUCGGCGCAGCCCCAGCCAUGGCCGCCAUGCCAUCUUAUCAACGCAAGGCGGUCCUCAAGAAGGUUGUUGUGGAGUUGACCAACAGAGCUGAGGAGAUCGCAAAAGUGAUAACUAUGGAGUCUGGAAAAGCCAUCAAGGACGCCAGAGCUGAAGUGCAGCGGUCGAUCGAUACUUUUGAAGUUGCUGCAGAGGAAGCAACGCGCAUUAAUGGAGAGCAUAUGCCCUUGGACAUUUCUGCCCGUAACAAGGGUCUCCAAGGAAUCGUCAGAAAGUUUCCCAUUGGCCCUGUUUCCAUGGUCAGUCCGUGGAAUUUUCCUCUCAAUCUAGUGGCCCACAAAGUUGCCCCAGCCAUUGCAGUAGGCUGCCCGUUUGUGCUAAAGCCAAGCAGCCGGACUCCGCUAUCCGCUUUGAUACUCGGACAGAUUUUGGCUCAGUGCGAAGAGCUACCGAAGGGAGCUUUUUCAAUCACUCCAGUCUCACGAACAGAGGCAGACCUCUUCACCACAGACGAGCGAUUUAAGCUUUUGACCUUCACGGGCUCAGGAUCUGCCGGAUGGGGCAUGAAAGCUCGAGCAGGAAAGAAGAAGGUUGUGAUGGAGCUUGGAGGUAAUGCACCUUGUAUAGUGGAAGAUCUGGUUCCUGAUCUCGAUGGAACAAUUUCAAGGCUGAUGAUCGGAGGAUUCUAUCAAUGUGGGCAGUCAUGCAUUCACAUGCAAAGGCUAUAUGUUAGAGAUCAAAUAUAUGAUCAGGUCAAGGAAGCUCUUCUUGCAGCAGUGAAGAAGUAUAAAGUAGGGGACCCCAUGGAAGAGGAUACGAUGAUGGGUCCUAUGAUAUCAGAAUCAGCGGCCGAGGGCGUGGAGAAAUGGAUAAAGGAUGCAGUUUCCAUGGGAGGCAAGCUGCUCAUCGGUGGAAAUAGGAAGGGAUCAUUUCUAUACCCCACGAUCAUCGAAGACGUGCCUCUCGAAGCCGAUGCACGGAAAGAAGAAAUCUUCGGUCCAGUUGUUCUCUUAUACAAGUACAGCAAAUUCAAGGACGCAGUUGACGAAUGCAACAACACUCAGUAUGGACUGCAAUCAGGUGUCUUCACUUCAGACGUGAACAAGGCAUUCUACGCUUUUGAACAUAUGGAGGUGGGCGGAGUGUGCCUGAAUGACUCACCGAGCAUGAGGGUGGACAGCCAGCCUUAUGGAGGUGUGAAGGAUUCUGGAAUCCAACGAGAAGGUGUGAAAUACGCCAUGGAUGAUAUGCUCGAGACCAGAGUAUUGAUCAUGCGCAACGUCGGAGUUUUGUAGAGGGAACCAUCCGCAGCCAAGGCAGUAGAUGGAUGCAUACAUGGCCCUCGUGCGUAGAACAGAUCAACGAAGCAGUUUUAUCUUUCUGGCUCAGUUCUACCUCUUCCAUACUUAUGGCAGUAGAGGGGAAAUAUUUGUACAGUCCUCAGC